ACGGGAGCCCCCCGGGAGGUGGUGUCCAAAGCGGGGGGUAGGGUGGGGUGGGGGGGGCAGUGCCGUGGUGGUUUUGGGUUUAUUUUGGGGGGUUUUCGGUGGGGAGCUUCGUGUCCGUGGUGCCAGGCGCCAUGUGGUCCUGUGCUGUGGACGGCCCUGCGCACCCACGCGCCCUCCGUCACCUUCCCGGUGGCUUUCGUGGUGGGGGCCGUGGGUUACCACCUCGAGCGGCUCCUCCGUGGCCGCCCCCCGCCGCCCCCCGAGGAUGAGGAGAAGAGCAUCGCCGAGCGGCGCGAGGACCGCAAGCUGCAGGAGAUCGCCGGCCAGGACCUCACCAAGGUGGUGAGCCUCAAGGACAAGCUGGAGUUCGCCCCCCGGGCGGUGCUCAACAGGAACCGACCCGAGAAGAGUUAAUGGAGGUGUUCGUCCCCACCGUGGGGGGCUCGCUCAGGACCCCCAGCUGGAUGGGGGACGCGUCCCUCAAGUGUGGUGCUUGGGGGGUUUCUCUGUCACCCGCACGGCUUCCACCGGCCCCCCUGCAUCUGCACUUCAGCCCCCACCGCUGCAUUUCACCCUCCCUGGGCUCCUCGGUGGGCUUGGGGUCUGCCAGACCCCCAUCCCACAUCGCCUGCGGGGAUGGGGGGGAUGCUUUGGAGGUGUGGAGCCCGGCAGCCCUCGGCCUGGCCUGGUCCCUGAUGCACGAAACCCUCCUGGCCUGGUUCCACCUGCGUCGCUUUCGGUUCGGUUUCUUCGUGGGCAUGAAAACAGAAGGGAAUUGCUCUCAGAAGGAGACUUGGACCUGAGUGACGUGGGGUUGGGGGCGGACUAUGGGGGGCGAGGAGGGCCUGCCGUCCUGCCUCCAGCUCUCCAUGCUCUUUGUGAACCCAGACUGGCUUGCUAGAGACCGCGGCACCGAGCUAUCACCACGAGCCUGAGCAUCGAAGGAGAUCUGGGAGCUCUUCUCCGCAGGACUUUGCAGCAGGAAAGGGGGCCAGGGGAGGUGGGCGUCCUGGCGCUGCACCCGACAUGAAGCUCAGAUGUGUAGAGGACGAGGAGCUCCCUUGCCCUGUACUUAGCCAGAUUAAACUUCUGUGAGUCCUGGG